CUCCUCCUGCUGCACUUGUCAAAGGGCACUGAUCGCAAAUUACAUCCCAGUCGUGGCAACAGACGCACACACGCAAAUAACACCGGGACACCUUGUCUCCUAGAGUAUAGCGAAUAUACAGACAGGACAUUUUUUAAACUCACUUUUUCUAAUUAGAUGCCACUAUGUUGCCUUUCAAGAGAACUUUUGAAAGCGAGAAACACCAGCUGCAGGAGCUCAACGGCAGACUUGUCCAGUAUCUUUCCAGAACCAAGCAGCUGGAGCAGGAAAAUGCGCAUCUUAUUACUGAAAUAAAUAAACUCAGACAAGCGAAGACGGCGGAAUGGGAGCCGAAGUACACGGGAGAGAUGCGGGAUCUGAGGAGAAUGGUGGAGCAGCUGUCGUUUGAAAAGUCCCAGGCGGAGAUGGAGAGGGAGAAGCUAUGGCGGGAGUUGCAGAUGGUCCAGUCUCUGUGCAGCGAGCAGACGGGGGUGUGCAGAGACAUCAGUGGCGAGCUAAAGAGCUACGAGAAGGAGCUUCACCACGCUCACAAGACCAAUGGUGAACUCCAGCAGCGUUUAUUUCAACUAGAGAACGAGCGUAAACGCUUAGAUGAUGCGCACAGACGAGAAAAGGAGCAUCUCCGGCGCCAGGUGGAGUCCCGGAUGGUACCCAUCAUCACGCAAACUUAUCGCGGGCCUCCGGCGGCCACCAUGGAAGAGGUGCAAGAGUAUGCCCGCGGUCUGUCCGAGGGAUGGAUUGAGACCUUUGAAAUGUACCAGCUGAAGGUGGAAGAGAUGGAGCAGUCGAUUAAAGCGGACCAGGCGAGGUUGAGUGAUCUGCAGAGGGAGAAGAUGAUGUAUGCCUCAGAGUUGGACAAAUUACGCGCAGACGCGGAAAAACAAGGUCAGAUUCAAUUCCACCUUGAAGAACAACUGAUGCAGAUGCAGGAGACAUAUCGGGUGGACUUCAGUGAAUAUCAGAUGAUUAUUCAGAAGCUGGAGCACGAUAGGAAUAUGAUGGCUGAUGCUAUUGCAGAUAAGAUGCGAGAGCAUCAGCACCUUCUCCAGGUUAAGAUGAAUCUGGGCAAUGAGGUGGCUGCAUACAGGGCUCUCCUGGAAGGUGAGAGAGUGGAUCUGCAAGAUGCUCAUAGGAGGGGGACUCAACAUCAAAGAGAAAGAAUAAUAGAUAUAAGGUUGCCUGCCCAGCCCUACACUCCAAGAGCGCCCACCCUUACCCCCAGAAAACAUAUGGAUAUCAGGUACACGCCGCUGACUUCAAACCUGAGAAGAUCCCCUGUGCCUCCCUCUGGGUCCAUAAGUCCCUCUAGGAUCAUUCCUAUUUCAGUUGCAGGCAGAGCUCGGCAUCAAAGUCCUGCAUCCAGAAGGGACAUGAUCUCAUUCUCCAAAGCUCAGACUGCCGCCUCUGCCCCUGCUACCACCACCACCGCCUCCACCACCACUGCCACUGCCAAAGCUAAACAAACCGGCCAGAGUGAAUACCAAAUAAGACAACAUGUACAGAAAACAGCAGCAGAGGAGAAAACUGUGAAAAUCAAACCGGUCUCUCAGGUAGAGAACCAAGUCAGUCCCAUCGAGUCCUCCACUGCUGAGACUAAAGCAGUGAGAGUGGUGUCACCACCAAUGAUGAGCCUGAGCAGGAAAACUGAGACCGAAAGCAAAAAGCAAGUGUCCGAUGAAAAAGAGAAUGAUAAUGUUUAUGGAGAGGAGUUCAAAGAAAAAGAGAAAACAGAGCACACAUUGGCCCCAUGUGAGAAUAAGAUGUUAGACUCGGUGUCUGUAGACGAUAUCAUCGAAAAAGCGAUGAGACCAGCAGGUUUGGGAGCUAAGGUUUGCUCCUCGGGAGAAUCAAAGGUAAGAUAUCAUGUGGAGAAAACUGAGCAGGAGGAUGGAACGACUAAGACGCAGAUUGUGUUGGAGUCCAAAGUGGAGGAAGAGCUGGAUUUUUCGGACGACUUUGCACUGGAUGAACUACUGAGUCAAGGGGUUAAGAAGGUGUCACUGCAAGACAUCGAGGACACAGCAACAGGGACCAUGAUCAAGACCCUGCUAAGUGGCCUGCAGGGAAGCGAGAACUUUGAAAAUAAGUCUGUCAAUGUGGAAAUCAUUGAGGAACCGAUGGAGUCUUACAGUGAUGAGGAACUUGAGGUCGAGCAGAAGUCCAGAUCUAGUUUUUAUGAGCCCUCCUCAACUUAUUUCCAAAUUGAGGAGCUAGAAAAUGUCCCUGAUGGUGCUCAAGUUCAGAUGAGUGACGGUGAUGCCGUGAAAACCUCCAUGACAGAUACAGAUCAUUGCAAGGGUGGAUCUGUACGAGUUCAAGAGGUUUCGAGAGAGAGUCAAUCUUCAUAUUUCUCCCAUGACCAAGAGCCUGACAAGUAUUUUGUCUCCACUCCAGAUGAUAAUCUUUCUGAAUCCGAGGAGGGUGGUGGCAUCACCUCAUAUGGCCAUUAUGGUAUCGUAGAUGACCUGUCAGAUGAGAGGUAUUAUCAAGAUGAAGGUCUUCUCUCGAAAAGAGUGAUUGUAGAGGAAAGCGAUGAAUACAAGUUUAUGUCAGGGGAUCACUCGUUUGUAAAAGAGAGUUUCCCAGAGUGCAUCAUUGAAGAAGAGGUUCGCGUCUCCCCUGUAGUGCAGGAGUCAAUGCUCGAGUUCCUGAGAGAGGACUCUUUGGAGCCCAAAGAGCAGCUGAAGGGAGCUCUAGAGAAGCUACAAAGCUCAGUGUCGGGUCCACUGAGGGAGGAGUUGGCUUUCCUCACAAAAAUGGGUAGCGAAGGUUCACCGAAUAUGGCUGUCAAUGUAAAAAAAAUGCAACAUACAAGUGACAACGGCACCAUGACUAUAGUUGCAGAGAUGAACGUCUCUCAAAGUCUGGAAGACUCUGGGCUGCUGGAGGCAGGAGAUGAACUAUCAGAAGAGCAGAUCAUGGCAUCUCUCAGAUCAUCUAACCUAGGGCUGGAGAAAGCCUUCCAGGGUGGGGCAGGAGGGGGAUACAGCUUCAGAGUCACCAAAGAAGAGGAUAGUGCGUAUGGUGAAGAGUUUGGAGGCCUCACGGACGAAGGAGUGUUUGAAAUCACAGAGAAAGACGUAAAACUGGGGCCAUCAGAAAAGUCUGUCACCUUCCAGAUGGAAGUACAGGGCAGCCAUGCUGAGGCCUCAGAGCAAGAGCUUCAGUCUCACAGCUUGGAAGCCCCGGUGAAGAUUUCUCAAGAGAAAAGAGUUGCAACAGUUUACCUUGAAAGCCCGACAGAUUAAGAAAGAAUUUGGUCAGAAAUAUUUUAAACUGAGUGCUUGCUUAUUUGUUGAAGUGCACAAAACAGAGGUUGCCUGGCAGUCCACACACAUGGCAUUAACGCUGUUUGACAAUGUAAUAAUGCUAAAAGCUUUGCAGUAAAACAUCAAAUAUGUAAUUGAUUUUGGUGCUUUCUUUUACAGUACCUACUUAAAGGUGCAGUAGGUAAGACUUAUAAAACUAACUUCCUAUCAUAUUUGCUGAAACUAACCCUAUG